UGGGAAUUUCUUUAAGAAGGUGGCACUGGCACACCCACGUUGCCUCCAGUCAUGGACCAUUGACCAGUCAGAGUGCCGGAGUCAUAGUGCUUGGGUCAGACCAGGAAUGUAAAUGUCUGAGGACAGGGAAGCCCAGGAGGAUGAGCUGCUUGCUUUAGCAAGUAUCUACGAUGAGGAGGAGUUCAACCGGCCGGAGUCUGCACCGGGGGGAGAGAUCCAGCUCUGUCUGGAGCUCCCUCCUGAUUUCAAAGUUGUAGUCCAAGGAGAGAAGCAAGCUGAAUAUAAGGUCUCCUUCUUACCUCCUUUGGUGCUCAACUUUGAGCUUCCUCCAGACUAUCCAUCCACAUCGUCACCAAUCUUCACUCUCAGCUCUAAAUGGAUGACCAGAGCACAGAUGAGCUCGCUGUGCAGACGCCUGGAUGAGCUGUGGGAGGAGAACCAAGGCUGUGUGAUUCUGUUCACAUGGAUCCAGUUUCUCAAAGAAGAGGCUUUAGACUUCCUGGGCAUCCAGUCUCCUCUUGUGGUGAUCAGGGGAGGAAAUAAGGCAGGUGGUGAGCGCAGGAAAACCAACGCUGCAGUGACAGCUUCUGAAGACACUGAGGAGAAGAAAAGGGAGAUACGGAAAGAAAACUCUGAACAGUUGUCUUCUUCUUCUCAACUGGACCCACGGGCCCUUCUUGUGAUGGACCCACGAGCAGACCUCCUACCUCAUCUCCUGGACUUUGAUGAGGCGCAGCGUCAGAGGGUGUUUGACAGCAAGGUGUUCUGCUGUGGGAUCUGCUUUGUAGAGAAGCUGGGCUCCAACUGCCUGACUUUUAAGGAGUGCCAGCAUGUCUACUGCAAAGCCUGCAUGACUGAAUAUUUCCAGAUCCAGAUACGGGAUGGCAACGUUCAGUGCCUUAAUUGCCCUGAGCCCAAAUGUUCCUCUUUAGCCACACCACUGCAGGUGAAGCAGCUGGUUGAUGAGGAACUGUUUGCUCGUUAUGACCGUUUGCUGCUUCAGUCCAGUCUGGACCUCAUGGCUGACGUGGUCUACUGUCCCCGCCAGUCCUGCGGCACCGCUGUUAUGGUGGAGCCAGACACGACCAUGGGUAUUUGCUCAGCCUGUCAGUAUGCUUUUUGCACACUGUGUAAGAUGGGCUAUCAUGGUCUCUCCAACUGUAAAAUCCCUGCAGAUGAAUUGCGUAACCUCAGAGAUGAGUACCUGUCAGCCACAGCUGAAGUGAAAAAGUUCAUGGAGCAAAGGUUUGGGAAGAGGGUCAUCCAGAAAGCAGUGGAAGAAUCCUUUAGCAGAGACUGGCUCAAUGAGAACUGUAAAUGCUGCCCACGCUGUGGAACAAAUAUACAGAAAGUGGAUGGAUGCAACAAGAUGACCUGUACCUCAUGUAAACAAUAUUUCUGUUGGCUGUGCCUGGGCUUGCUCAGCAAAAUCAACCCGUACAGCCACUUUAACAACCCUCAUUCACCAUGUUAUAACCAACUCUUUCACGGUGUGGAUCUCGAUGAAGAAGAUGCCUUCUGGAGUGAUGAGGAGGACUGACACCAGCGCAGUACCUCACUUCUGUAUGCUCCAUUUGAAUGCACUUUAUGUCACACAACCACCACUCAUUCAUAUUCAGUGCCACCAUUGUUUUGAAAUGAUCAGGCUUUUUGGUGUCUAACAUUCAGUGCCCAGCUGUGAAUUAUAUGAAUUUACUGAAUAAAUGAAAUAUGUACAAUAGAUGAAUAGAAGUAGAAUAGAAUAGAAGUACUCAGUCAGGAAGGGCAAAAGCAGUUUUAGGUUUUAUUUGAGAGGGAAACAGAGGAAAUCAGCUGUGGUCGUUUGGUAAAUGUAGACAUUUUCUUUAAAAUAAAAUCACUUGAUUAUGAGCUUUAAGAAUACAUACUUGGGCAUGUGAUUAGUGGCCUUUUAAAUAUGACAAGGUCAUAGGAAUGGAUUUUUGAUACAUUUGAUACAGAAAAAAAACAUUUUGGUUGAAUUUCUCUUAGUUAUAUGUUAUAUUAGGUCUGCAGCGUUGCUGUCUGUUUUCUGAAUUGGACACAUGCUUCUGGUUCAGUUUUGACAUCUCACAGGCUUAUAGUGAUCAAGAAAUGAUCUUGGAAACAGUGAUGGAGGUCAUUUGGGUAAAUGCAAGGUGCUUCCAAUUAACUAGUAACCAUCCCUUUUGAGUGCUGAAGGGCAAAGAAAGGCUUUGCGUAUGUUUGCCUUUAUUAUGCUCAUCUGCCUCUCUGGCACGGCUAUUUUUCAUACACCCAUUAGGAUGGAUAAUAAGGUGAAUUUCAUCAUCCAACCGAUACCCUUAUACACAAACACACCAUGGAUACAGGAUAAAAGGGCAAAGCUGGAGAUUCAUCACCAUUCAUAAGUCCAGUGCAAUGUUUUAUUGUUUGUAUCAUUGUCAUGGGAUUUUUCUGUAUACAAAAGAGAUGAGUUUGUUUACAGAAAAGUGUCUUUUUACAUCUUAUUAUAAAAGGGUGGCUGAAAAGAAGGAUUUUGUGGCGUUGGUUUUGGGGAAUCGUUUCAUUAUUAGUUUUAGUCAUAUGUUUGUUUAUAGAAUAGAAUAUAUAAUAAUAUAGAAUAUAGUAAAGGAGAACACUGCAGUAAAUAAUUCACAGAUAGGGAUACUGGAAUUAUGAUUAUGGUGUAGGUGUGUACUUGUUGGAAAGACGAAUCAUUUCAGGGUAUGUGGUGCAAAAAGGAAAUCUUCACCUGGUUAAAAAGUCAAGGCAUUGAGGAGUGACUCUUGACUCUAUUUAUUCACACCCCUCUCAUUUGUACAACAUUUAUUUUAAUGUUACCAAACAUUUGUGUCAAAGAGAGUCCGUGUAAUCUUGAUAAUGUCUAGAGAUACAAAAUUGAAUUUGUAUGUUAAUUUAUUUUCUUUUUUGGUUAUAUUUGACCGGAAAGGACACAAUGCAAUGCAAGCAGUUCUGUUUGAAACUGAACAUUGUAGCACAUCAGUUCUUUUUUUCUACAUUGAAUGAUUUGCUCCUCACUGCUUCAAAAGUGGAAAUUACUUUGAGAACUGGUGCUGGUGAGAACACAAUCAUUUGUUCAGUGUCAGCAUAUUGAUUCACUUCCCUCUAAAUGAGGAGCCACUGUCACUUCAUGUCUUACGUAAAAAAACGUUUGAAUACAUGACCUGUAGAAUCCUUUAAAAAAUGCGUUCAGCAUACUGUUCCUCAAAAUAAAUGUUGCCACUUAA